UCUUCCUUAAGAGCUUUUGGUUACAGCUCUACCAGCACAUAUUCUGUUGAGUUCCUUUGAUUGUCAAGGAAAACCUAAAAAUAAAGCAAAACUUAAGAAGCCACACACUUAAAAAGUAACCCAGUCAAACCACCAAAUAAUACCAGCAAAACCAAAAAUAAAGGGUUUCAGGUGAACACUUGGCUGCUAUUUGUUUCCUGGAUUAAGUAUAGAAUUUAAACAGGAAUCCGUCUUUAGAAUGGAUAGAGGGAGAAAAAAUACCACCAGGUCCUGCUGUUGGCUUUCCAGGUUAUAAAAUGGCAAAAUUGAUUUAAAUUUACUUUUAUAAGGAAGAAGUUUUUAUGUCCCCUGUGCUUUAUCCCAAGGGCCAGGCGGCUGGGCAGGCGUGGGCAGUGUGUCUCCCCUGUCAUGCUACGGGCUGAGUGGGCGGCGGGCUGUCUCCCCAUCCCUGUCCUGCAGGCCACAUCUUCCCUGUCCCCAUCCUGCGGGCCACGUCUUCCCCGUCCUGGGGCCAUGUCUCCCCAUCCUGGGGCCUCAUCUUCCCUGUCCUGGGCCACAUCUUCCCCAUCCUGGGGCCAUGUCUCCCAGUCCCGGGGGGUCCUGGGGCCGUGUCUCCCGGUCCUGCUCGCCAAGUCUUCCCGUCCUGGGGCCACGUCUCCCCAUCCCCAUCGUGCGGGCCACAUCUCCCUGUCCUGCGGGGCCAUGUCUCCCUGUCCUGUGGGCCGUGUCUCUGUCUGGAGUGCGGCUUAGACCCUUGUGUUUUCUCUCCUGUAGACUGCACUUGGUCAAUUUUGUGGAACCUGUGGGCCUCAAUUACUCCAUGUUUGGUCCUACCUUGCUGAAUCAGGGCACCACUGCUCAGCAGGAGAAAUGGCUGCACCCGUCCAAAGGACUCCAGAUAAUUGGCACCUACGCCCAGACGGAGUUGGGCCACGCUUUGUGCACCGAGGGCGGCCUGAGCCUCUGGACCUUCACUUGGGCAUGUUCCUGCCCACCUUGCUUCACCAGGCCACCGCAGAGCAGCAGGAGCGCUUCUUCAUGCCCGCCUGGAACUUGGAGAUCAUUGGCACUUAUGCCCAGACAGAGAUGGGUCAUGGAACUCAUCUUCGAGGCUUGGAAACCACAGCUACAUAUGACCCCCAAACCCAGGAGUUCAUUAUGAAUAGUCCGACAGUCACCUCCAUUAAGUGGUGGCCUGGUGGGCUUGGAAAGACUUCAAACCAUGCAAUAGUUCUUGCUCAGCUCUACACCAAGGGGAAGUGCUACGGAUUACAUGCCUUCAUUGUACCAAUUCGGGAGAUUGGGACACACAAGCCUUUGCCAGGCAUCACCGUGGGAGACAUCGGCCCCAAGUUUGGUUACGAAGAGAUGGAUAAUGGCUACCUGAAGAUGGACAACUAUCGUAUUCCCAGAGAAAACAUGCUGAUGAAGUAUGCUCAGGUGAAGCCUGACGGUACCUACGUAAAACCGCUGAAUAACAAGCUGACCUACGGGACCAUGGUGUUUGUCAGGUCCUUCCUGGUGGGAGAGGCAGCCCGGUCUCUGUCCAAGGCCUGCACCAUUGCUAUUCGAUACAGCGCUGUGAGGCAUCAGUCUGAGAUCAAGCCCGGUGAACCAGAACCGCAGAUUUUGGAUUUUCAAACCCAGCAGUAUAAACUCUUUCCGCUCCUGGCCACAGCCUAUGCCUUCCAGUUUGUAGGCGCCUACAUGAAGGAGACCUACCAUCGGAUUAACGAAGGCAUUGGCCAAGGGGACCUGAGUGAACUGCCUGAGCUCCACGCCCUCACCGCCGGGCUCAAGGCCUUCACCACCUGGACAGCAAAUGCUGCGAUAGAACAGUGUCGGAUGGCUUGUGGGGGACACGGCUAUUCUCACAGCAGUGGCCUUCCAAAUAUUUAUGUCACUUUUACUCCCGCCUGCACCUUCGAGGGAGAAAACACCGUCAUGAUGCUGCAGACAGCGAGGUUCUUGAUGAAAAGUUACGACCAAGUGCACUCGGGGAAGCUGGUUGGAGGAAUGGUGUCCUAUCUGAAUGAGCUGCCCAGCCAGCGCAUCCAGCCGCAGCAGGUGGCAGCGUGGCCAGCCAUGGUAGACAUCAACAAUCCUGAGAGCCUCACUGAGGCAUACAAACUGCGUGCAGCCAGAUUAGUGGAACUUGCUGCAAAAAACCUUCAAGCCGAAGUGGGUCACAGGAAAAGCAAGGAGGUGGCCUGGAACCUGACCUCUGUUGACCUUGUUCGAGCCAGCGAGGCACAUUGCCACUAUGUGGUAGUUAAGCUCUUCACAGAAAAAGUCCUCAAAAUUCAAGAUAAAUCCAUUCAGUCUGUCCUAAGGAAUUUGUGCCUCUUGUAUUCUCUGUAUGGAAUCAGUCAGAACACAGGAGAUUUUCUGCAGGGGAAGAUCAUGACAGAGUCUCAGAUCAACCAAGUAAACCAGCGUGUAAAGGAGUUGCUCACCCUGACCCGCCCCAAUGCUGUUGCGUUGGUCGAUGCAUUCGACUUUAAGGAUGAGACCCUGGGUUCAGUCCUCGGCCGCUAUGAUGGCAACGUGUACGAAAAUCUGUUUGAGUGGGCAAAAAAAUCCCCACUGAACAAAACUGAGGUCCAUGAGUCUUACUACAAACACUUGAAGCCGCUGCAGUCCAAGCUCUGAAACAUCGCCAGGGCCAAGUCUAACGUGCAGAGCCGCUGCGGACAUCUGCCUGGACUCCGCGUCCAGCUGAAAAAAAGCGCAAAGCAAGGGAUAAAUUAACCCCUCUCCUCCUUCUAUAAAUGAAGAAAAAAUGAACAGAUUUCAAAGAUUAAGUGAUUAAAAAAAAAGAUGUUUUAAGUGUAACUAACAUUGAAAGAGACCUGUAAAGCAUUCAGAAAAAGCUUAAGAAAUGCAGGAUGGCCAUCUGUAAUGCUGCUGGAUCCCACAGGCCAGGCUUUUGGGAAUUAGCAGAAUUUAACUACUAAGUAGUUAAUUGUUUUCACAUUUUAAUUACUAAUCACUGGCUAUACAAGUGUUUUGAAGUUAAGGUGUUUUUAAGGCGGGCAGAGCCCUCCUGAGUGUCCAGCUCACUGUCCUCCCACCGCUCCCAGGAGUCUGGCUAGAAGAGCAGAACUGGAGGAAAUGGAAGGGGAGAGAGACUAAUGGAGAAACUUGCUGGGAAGCAGCUUGUGCCUGGGGCGCUGUCCGCACGGCCGGCCGCCUGCCUUUGCCAACUAGCUGCUCCAGACUACUCAUGGUAGCAUUUUCCAUAAGUGACUGUUGCACGGCAGGUCUUCUGUGGGACCCCUUGCGCUGAAGUUGGGAAUUUCCUUCCAUUCAAAGGAUGGCUAAGUUGCUGUAGUCUUACCAGAUCUCCCUUUGUGCCCUGUGUCUGGAAAUGAAAUUGGUAACAAAGUGACAGUCCAUGUCCAGCAUUCUGGAAGGGCCCGUGAAGGAGAGCCCCUGGCAAGGCCUCUGUGACACCCUCCCAGUAGGGUGUUCUUAGACAAGCACCUCGGCAUUAGCAAUUAAAAGGUUGAAAAUUACAGAGUAUUUGGCAUUU